AUGCGUUUACGGAACAGCGUCAAGGGAUCGAGUGAUCUGAUUGCCGGCGGCAGUGGCGGCUACGAAGAACCCACCGACAGGUAUCCAAUGGAUGAUUUCGACAGUCUUCUGACAGCAUUCGAUGGGUUCAUCCGCGGCAGGACGGAUGGAGUAAGCACAGACCACGGCCAACCACGCACCGGUUUUGAACAUUUUGACAGUGACAGCAGGACACAUCAACUCCCUGCCAAAACCGACGGCGGUGCUCGGUUGCCACGACUCUACAGCCGAUCAUCAAGCGUGUUGGCGGCAGACCUCGGUUCGCAGAGGCGUCCGGGCACUCGCAAAAAGGACCGCCGUACGUCUAGGACUAAAGCCUCACCGGCGUCUCCAUCGGCAGUGAACAUCCUCACCCCUCAUCCUGCCCUGGAAAAGCGUAUUCUAUAUGGUCUGCAUGAUGAUCCAAUGGAUCUCAUGCUUCGAAGCAAGGGGCAACGGAGGUCUGGCCUUGGGGAUUUGCAAAUCAGACCCGAAAGUGCAGGUCUCAACAACAACGCUGCUCCCUUCGAUGGAGGAAGUUCUGCCGCAAUCGCAGGGGUCUUCCGGCUCACGCACGCCGCUACAGGCUACGUGCAUUACGGGUACAGCUGGGACAUCGGAGGAGCAAAAGCUGAGCAGCUGAGGCGACUUGGGUUUGAAAGCGGCGACAGCUUAAGCAGCAACAGCACCGAUCUCCAUCCUCACAGAGGACUGUCCGCCAUCGUUUGCGGGUACAAAGAGAACAACCUCGGGGGUCGUGGUGACGUAGAAGGUACCACACCCAAGAAACUCAGAGGGUCAGCAGAGGCCGCAAUGGGGCCCAUUUGGUUCGAAGUGGUACGGCGGAUGUCAUUGCCGACCCGAUUUCGCGCGGUUGACUUCGAUAACUUUUUGCGCGAAGCUUGCCAGCAGGAGCUGCUGGAUCGGCGUGCACACGUACUAGUGCUUGUCGCGCGGCAGUACAAAAUUAAACACAUGGGCCCGGCUUUCCGGCGCAUGCUAGACACAUGCAGAAGAGAAGGAGAAGACGAAACUUUCGCCGCCGCGGCUGAGAUUCAGCGCACCUGGCGCGGGUUCCACUCGCGUGACUCAGCGCGACGUGCACGAGAAAAGAGGAGCUGCGAUCGUGUAGAGACUAAUCAGGAGAGAGUGGGGACUAUCUUGGCGACGUGGGCUCAGGCGAAGCACCGGGGAAACUUGGGGCGACGACGCGCUUGCAGCUUGCGAGAGAAGAAGAUCGCAGGGGCGGUGGCACGUAAAAGACAGGCCUCCACCAACGCAGUUGCGAUUCAACGUUGGAUUAGAUCCAUAUUUCGGCGGCAGAAGGAGGCAGUGGCAGCGGCUGACAAGGCUGUCCUUGACGCCCUCUUGGAGGCGAUCCGUUUGGAGGAAGAGCGUAGAGAUUCGCCUUCUACCGGCGAAACACCGCAGAGAAACUUACGGGGCCCACCGCGACCAAUCAGCGCAUCCGAAGCAAGAGUGGGAAAAGGUUCUUGCGAUGCCGACACCGAGGUGUCACUUUCCGGAGCUUCGGAGCGAAAUUCUGGCGUGCCUCCGGAUACUGCGGUACAAGAAAGGACGCCCGGCCGCAGCAACAGUCAGCAGCAGCAGAAGUAUCGAAGACCGCCCUCGUCUCGACGUGGGUCAGACGUCCCCUUGCAUGACAACGGGAAACCUCGACGGGAACCUAGUUCCAGAGGGCAAAGAGAAGGCAAGCGUCCCUCGAGUGCUCCACGAUUAACUCAGAAGACAGGUGAUGCAAAGUCGGUGGAAAGAGCUCGGCCGGCCACCCCCGAACUACCGGACGCGUCAAGGCUUGUGCUCGAAGAGGAUCCUAAGUUCACCUCUGCUACGGCCAUCCAAGCCGCGUGGAGGGGCUUCUUCGCCAGGUUGAGCAUCAGGAAACGCCGGAGGGCAGCCGCGGCGUUGAAGAGAAAACGAGAGGGCAAGUGGCGAAAGCAGCGUGGAGUAGUGGGCAAGAGGGUAGCGGUGGCAUGGGAUGAGCGGAAAGACUUGGAAGAAGGGGGCGAGGGAGGCGGCACGGGGGGGAAAGCAUCCUGCACUGAAAUACAGAUGGUGGCGAGGGCUUGGCUGGGGCGGCGACAAGGUCGGCAACGCAAAGUCCUCGCGAAGUUGGGGGCGUGCGCUCUGUGCUGCUUGCGGCUGGCCGAGAUGUACCUCGAGACCACGGAACAGGAGCUGUGCUUGGAAUGCUACCGAAUCACGGGGACGGUGCUGGAGUCCAGGAAAGUUCCACCUGCUCACUCUGAAGGGGCGUUCGAGCUGUUGGAGCAUCGCAAGAGGCAGAAGGCGGCGACACUCACGCAGCGCGCUUGGCUACGUUUCCAGCAAAGGGUGGGUGUUCAGCGAGCCUCGUUUUCCCGCGCGCACUCGUCUCAAGAUGACGGGCGCCAUGUUGGUAGAGAUAUGCCAUGUAGUGACCCAUGCUACGAGGCAGGCUCUUACCCCGUUGCGGUGGCUUUAGCGAGGUUCGGUAAUUGCGAAGUGUGCCCUCGGUGGAAGGGGCCAGGCGCCCCGCUCCCCCGCGCAGCAAGGGUCGUGUGCGUCGCGGGAUGCGAUCGCCGCCGCCACCUCCGGUACUGCCGCCGGUGCUGCGCGAUAGCCCAUUCUCUGAGGGCGACCGUGGGCCACGAGAUCAGAAGCGUGGACCGAUACGGCACCGAGAUGGCCGCUGUGGCGACGCUUGGGGGUGCCAUGUGGCGGUACAUUCUCAAGCUCCGGUUUUGGAACCUGUUCGCGUGUCAUCGGAAACAUCUACACUCGUCGGCAACGCUUGUCCAAUCACGGUGGAGAUGUUACCGUUGCCGCCGGGUCUUUACCGCUCUUCGCCGAGGGUUUCUAUACGUCGAAGCGGCCGCGAGGUCUGUCGAACGCUACUGGUUCAUCCGAAGCAGUAGAGAAGAUAUCAUAGCAAACAUCGCUGGACUCAUGGCGUACAACGUUCAGGCGUUCCCGCCGGGGAUACACCCGCCACCUGCUGGCCGUUUCGCUCUUUGGGAACGGCUCAUAGUGGACGCUAUUCGAACUCGAGCUGUGACCAAAAUCCAGCUAGAGUGGAGGAAAAAGAUGGAGAGGGCGGUGGCUAGAGCAUUUGCGCACGUGGCUCGGCUGCAAAUGAUCGAACGACAACGCCUCCGAGCUCUAGCCGAGCUUCAUGCCAGCGUCGACAUCCAGCGCGCAUGGCGGGGGUCACAAGGGCGUCGGGCCGCUUUCCUCCGGGCAGUCACGAUCAGGUUCGCCCGACAAACAGCCGAGCGGUACGCAAACCCUGCCAGGUUCGCUGUCGCAAACCUCCGCGAGUUCAAUGCACACGGUGGUUUCUUGGGAAUCGCAGGCGUCGAUGCCUGGUCCCUCCUUUCCGCGGCCGUGGGGGUCGGCGAUGAAGGGCAAGGCGCUAUGACGGCAGGUGGCGCGGGAGUUACAUCUCGCGAGAAACGAACGGCUGAAGGAUUAGGUGACGGUGGCAAAGAAGGCAUUUGGUUGCGUCUUUCCCCGUACGGGGAGAACGACUGGGGGCUAUCGGCGGAUACGAGAGUGGCGGGUAUCGCUGAGGUGUGCAUCCGUGUUUCUCUCUCGCGGUGCAUCCCCUUGAGCUCGGGAGGAGGAAUGCUACCCCCACUGGGUGCUGUUGGGGGCGGGGCGGAAUCGGAGGUUGCGCGUUUCGAAAAUGACGAUAAAGUAUCCAGCGGCAGAAUACAGAAUGAAAAUAGCCGCGAUGCCCCACCGCUCACCCUGAAACUGGAGCUCAUUUCGGUUCAGAUCGACUCGAUUUAUCCGAACCAGAUCUCGCCAUCUGAGGACAUACCCGUUCGGGCUUCUGCGGCGGAGUAUGGCACUGACGAUGACGAUUCGUCCCUUGCAACUAGUGAUAGUGGUGGGGGGGAAGAUAGUGCCAGCAGAAGUGGCUCUUGUUCGAGAGAAAGUAGCAUCAACAGCCACGGCGUCGGCACUGGCACUAGUGGUAGCACUAAGACCACAAGCGACCACUCCGGCGAGAGCGACGACGAGGACAGCGAGUGGAGCGGCGGAACGGGAAGGACCACCACCGGUAGCCACGCUUCCAGGGUCGGCAACACGAUCAAGGACAGCACGAAGGAAAGGAGAACAGAUGGACGAAGGUCCCGCGGCGGUUUCCUGGAAAAUGACGAUGACUUAGCGGUGCGUGAGCAAGGGCAGUACCAAUGCGACGUCGAGUGGUGCGGAGUCAAUAUGGGCGGGACUCGGGCUCAAUUAGCCGGACUGCCUACUCCUCGGUGGCAAGGGCAAGUGUUCUACCUCCCCUUAUGUGCAGCCGCGACCCCUCACGGCAGAGCAUCAGAAUCAACAGCCGAUGCAGAUACUUCGGUCGACGAGAGCAGGGCAAAGGAGCAUGUUUCGCACGGACGAACAGGAGAGGGGGGUGGGCAACAACAGCAGAGCAACCCUUCACCCUCCCUCUUGAAGAUCACGCUCAACAGGAUCUCGUGCGGCAGCGAUGGGCCAGCCUCCUGCAAGGGAGGAAAGCAAGAUCGGAGAGUUGACAUUGGCAUGACGGCUGCUCAACACCGAACACGAUGGUCGGCAUAUUUGUGUGGGCUUAUCCAACCGUCACCUGUUGGCCGCGCAAUCCUUGAGGCCGGUGAUAUUCUUAGCAUGCUGGGGUCCCAGCAGGUGGUGGGCAUGACCCCGACGUCUCGACGCGGGGCGGCAGGGUCUAGCCGUCGGAAAGAGCGUGAAGACGGAAGGGAAUCUGCCGUGGGUUGGUCGCUCCGGCUGUUGUUGAGCCUAGAAAACACAGAGAACACCCGAACUCGCCUCCUCGUGACAGAGGUUCUGGGAGCAAUCAUCCAGGACAUCUUGGAUGCUAUCCCAGGGCAGGUGCCGCGAAUCGAGAUCCGCGUGGUCGGCACGCGUCCAGUACCUACUCCCAACGCUGCAAAUAUCACCUCCUGUGGCCUCUCCAGCCGACAGCACCACCAACAGCCUGGAGUUACCGACUUUGGCGCACCACGCCACCACGAGCCGCCCCUCCAUCUCUGUGCUGAGUGGAACGGCAACCACGCCGCAUUCGUGAAACUGUCGUCCUGCGAAGAUGGUCUGAUGAUGAUAGACGAGUUUCUUUAUCCUGGUUCCCAGAAAAACAUCGGAGAGAGCUUUGACGACGACGAUUUUGGGACGAGCAACGAAUGUUCGGCGCAGGCGAGAGCAGCCGCCAAGUCCAAUAUGAUUGUUCUUCCCGUGUACGUGCCAUGGAUUAUGAAGGACGCUUCCAAUGACAAUCACUUAGAAGUGCUUAGUCGCACACGUCGCCCUCGUCGAAGCACUGGUGGGGGUAACGUUGACGGGGACGGCAACUACGAAGACGAUGAAGGAGGUGGGCGUUCGCAUUGUCUACGGGUGACGGUGGGUACAGAGGUCCAACCUGGCCGUGAACGAAGAAAGUUGGACGUGCUGGGUCACGGUUCUCACCAUAAUGGCGUGAUGGGACCUACCACAUCUUCAUCCUCAACCGGUUGUACCUCCGCAUCCUUUCAGGAGCAGACAGAGGUCUGCUUCUUCGAGCGAGACCUCCUGCGCGAUGAUUGGACCGAGAUCUUGGUCCCGGUGUUUCCCAAAUGCCCCGAGGAAAACGCUCGGGGUUUGGUGCGACGUCCGACGAAGCAGAAGCGGUGGUUACGCCACCCUCAAGCAAACAAAGUGGUUGUUCUGCGGGUGAGAUCCGCUGGGUUUCAACCCAAGCCACCACCCAUCUGGCUAGUGCGACGCAACUUUGCAGAGCGUGCGGUCAAGAGGAUCAUUUCGGCGGCGGCAGCGGCCGUCGUACAGCCACGGGUGGAACUGACCCUGGUGGGAUUGUGUGGCGCCGUCGAGUCACUUUUGUCGGAGCGCGUUGAUACGCAAAGGGAAGGCGGGGUGGAACACGCUACACCUUGGGCGGAAUCAUUGCGUCCUGCGAACCACAGAAGGAAUUCGGGCGAUUCUUCUUGUGGAGAGGUUCUGUGCGAGGCGUUUUGGAACGGGGCGCUUGUACACACGCUGCGGUUACGGCGAGCCGUUCGUCCUUCAACCUCGCUUAUUGCUGAAAGCAAGGCAGCAAGAUUCCCCGCGUUCCACCCAGAGGAUACAUUGCCAAUAGGCGCAGACGAUCAAGGUGACUUCAAGCGCUCUUCUUCUCGUUCCGUGGUUGUGAUAACAGCCUCCAAGUCGCGCUCCUCUGAUCCCAAUCAAGAUGAAAUCGUGGAUCCGAACGGAGCGGGACUCGACCAACCCGCAGGCGGGUCCAAGCCAAGAGGUGCCGACCCAUUAACUUGGUUUCCUGACGGCGGCGACGAAAUGCUUGGUAACGACUGGGUCAGCUUAGGUGGCGGCGUACUGUCUUCUCCGAGUCUUUCCAGCGCACAGGAGGAAGCGUCAUCCCACAAGCAACAGGAAACCUUCAGAACAUCACAUGAGAACGAUGUGGGCGAACACGAAGGGCAUCGUGGGGACAAUCCAUCGUCAUCAGAACGAUUGGGCCAGGGUGGGGAGGGGGGAUCCACACAUGACCUGCGGUCGCUCGAAUGGAUCCCCAUGGAAGGAGACGCCUACACCGGGCGGCCUUUUCGAUUCUGCUUACCAGCAUGCCUCAUGGAAAACGCCUCCGGCAGCGAAACAGGGGACCACUGUCCAAAUGUUGGCGACAAACCGGACAGGGAGGCUGGCAACGAAGGCUGGUUGAAGCCCGAUCAUGACAACGCUCAUGGUGCCAGCCUCAACGAGACCGAGCAUGGCGACGGAGGUGCAAAGCUUCGGGGGGAUUUGCGGCUGGUUGAGGUGGAGGUCAUCGACGGCCAUGGCCUACCGAAAGCCCCGGGACAGCUGAGCAUCAACCCCCAAGUCGGACCCCAAGCGGCGGCGUCCGUCGUUCAAAAGGGUGUACUCAACGGCGGGGUCGGCGAAGGCGACGUGCUCUUGGGGGAAGCUCGGGCGCCCUUCUCGCUCUUGAAAGAAGUGCCGUUCCACUACCUCCCACUCCGGCUCCAACCGCCACACCCACCGCAACCGCCUCGGUGCGGCCGCUGGUCGGGCGUCGAAAACGCGUCCACCGCCCGCAUGGCGGGAGGAGGUGGAGACUGCGUUGCCGACUUCGGCAACACGCGCAGCUGCAGAAGUUCUGGGGGGGGCUAUUGGAGCGAGACGUCGGUACUUCGAGGGGAUAUCGUGCCAGAUUCUGGCCUACUGGGCAUCGGCGUGCGAAUCAUUUUUCCGAGCCCGACCUUGCCGGAUGUUUCCUGCGCUUCCUCCGCCUCAGGCGAGAGCUCGUCGGACCUACCACCGCUUGCCGGAGCCGUUUCUGAUGCUGGAAGGGAAGUCGGCGACGAGAUCGUGCUCAGCGUGUACGAGGCUGAGGCCCUGGUCGAGGAGACCAGGCGAGGAGAAGGGAAGAAGGCCCCGAGCACGUACUGUGUGGUCCUCGUAAGGGGCCUUGAGGUGGGACGGACCACAACAAUCCCAAACUCGGCGGAGCCUAUGUGGGCAACCGACUUCCGUCUACCAGACAGCCUCCUGUGCGAAACGAACCCGUCAAUAGGAACUCCUAAGACGGCCGAUAGAGGCGGGGGCGGUAGGUUGCGCCCACCUCAACCCCCAUCCGGGCGGGCCGACCGAGUUGCGGGAGUGUUAAUCUUGGAGGUGUGGGACAGGGUUCCGGAGGGAGACCCCGUCCGGUUGGGAGCUGUGGAAGUUCCGCCCGACCUGCUGCAGGAGGUCAUGUCGUCACCUGCGCCCGCGGACAAAGACGAAAGCGGGGUUAGCCGAGAGGACCGAGGUACGGCGGGUGAAAUCAAGGGGUGUUCACCAAGGCUCCACUCGAUUCACCUGAAUCUCAAAUCGCCCGUGAAAAAUACGAAACAGGGGCAGCUGCCGGAGACGAGACACGACGAGAUUUGCAUGGUUGACACAGUAGCGGGAACGCUACCAGCGGCAGCCGAGGCCUACGGCGGCACAGGGGGAGUGCUGAGCCUAUCCCUCAGAAGAGUUUUUGCCACCGUGAGGCCGAGUACUUCGAACAUACCAAACGGACCAGGCGCGAUCGCGGAAACUUCCGGCCUGCUGGCCAAGGAAAACGGAAAUUACCCUGAGGCGAAGGUUCCCGGGACGCGGAUCUCCGAGACCGCUCUUCAACGAUACCGUUCCAAGAAGUUAAAAGGCCUCGCCGAUUCGACCCAAGCGGCCAGGGAAAAACUCGACGAGGCGAGGGCCCUGCUGGCUGACGCAGGAUCUUCCUCAAGGGGGAGAAGUGCCACCGACUGUGCCAAGGAGAACGCCGCGCGCUUUGUACGGGCUUGGGAGAGGGAGACGUCCAGGGCGGAACGGGCGCAGCUCCUGGAGGCGAAGAGGUCCAGAUCAGAACUUGGACAGGAAAAACCGGGUGACGUCAACAAGCAGCUGGAUGAGGAUUGCAAAGAGGACGACCAAGGAACACACGAAGAACACGAUCGCCGGGAGGAUGUGAAGCUCAAUGGCGGUGAACAUGACGAAGAGGGAGAGGAAGAGAAAGAGGAAGAACCAAGCGCUCUGGAAACAAUUCUGCCCCGGCUUCCGGCCGCCCAGAAGGAAGUGUUCGUCAAGGUGGAAGGGGUUUCUGGCCUCAGUGCCCCGUUCGCAGGAAGAGGAAACCGCGUGUACGCUAGAAUCUUUUGGGGUGGAGAAGAGCAAGCACCUCUCCACCAGCCGACUCCAGCCGUCACUGCUCCGGCAGCUUGCGUUCAAAGCAUCCCCAGGGGAGGCAGCAACAGCAACGACAGCGUUAAGAAGGUGGACGUACUCGCGGGCGGAGAAAACCUUGCAGACAAGGUUCGCGCCGCCGCCGGCACCGCCGCCGCGUCCGUCGCACACGCCACCGCGGCGGCCGUUCACGCGUCCGGGGGAGGAGGAGUAGGAGGUACCAUGGAGGGCCACUGGGAGCAGGAAUCAUUCGUCUUGCCUAUCCCCGACAGUGAUGGCACAAGCCGUGAUAGCGACGCGGGCAAGAACGUUGACCUAGAGACCGUUGAUGGCCUGUUGGGGUCCAAUGUGCAAGGGGCUGGUGAUGGAGGCGGUGACACCGCAGGUGGAGACAGCACCAGUGCCAGUCUCGAUGAUGGUGUCCAUCUGCGCGUUGAGGUUUGGCAAGGCAAGCACUGCCAUGGCCAGGUCGACCUAGCGGGCAACGAGCUCUUGCGCAUGUGCAAGAAGGCAUUCCGGCCCUACAAGCUCGCCCUAGUUUCUCGCGAAGACGACGGGCACUACAGGGAAUCCUCGGCCGCGGCUCCCGCACGGCUGACUCUCACCUUGUUGGCUCUGGAGCCCGGGCAAGUGGUAGCGGCGCAAGCACAGCUCGCCGUUGCGCUCGAGGGUGCUGGAUCGCGCAUCUUACGGCAACAGCAAGAUGGGGUGUAUGUCUUGGGAAUGAAAAUGCAUUGUGAGGCACGAGGCAAGCACAGCGUACAGAAGCAUCACCGCUUACGUGGGCGCGUAACGUCCUUGUGCUCUUGCCUUCCAACCGAAGAGUGCCCCGACGCUGGAAACGGUACGUUGGAUCCCGGGGGUAGAGGCGAUAGCACUGCCAGAGAGGGAGCUCGGGCGAAAGCAACGGGAGUAGCCGAGGACUUGGUGAACGUCCUAUGCGCGCGACGAAGCCCCCUAUGCUUUCGGGUUCAGCCCCUGGUCAUUCACCUUAAUUCUUUCAAAGACGACAGCAACACGAGAUGGACAGGAGGGUCCAGUCUAUUCUUGGUGGCAAAACGCCAAGUGCUCGCCACUGCACCCGAGCAGGGUUCAUAUCUGGACAGCGACGGGGAAAGCGGGGUAUCCCGGACGGCUACCGCUUCUCGUUCUGCCGCUGGCGCGCAGGGCGACUUGUCCAUCGUACGCCGACAUGGCGCAGGUGACCGCAGUCACAACGAGAACAGGCGCGUUGUUGAAGAAGAGGAGCUCGGCCGAACGGCGCUCUUCGGCAUCCACUCUGGUACCACCAUCGUGCCGGGCACGUCGUUUACCAUCCCGCCUAGCGCCCUCGUGGCGGAUGUCAAGCGCUUGAGCCGGAACGGGAAAGGUGGGGCCACCUCAUCGAUAUCUGACAUUCGGGGCGAGAACAGAUCGGAGGUAAGACUAGUCCUAGAAAUCGUCCAAGGCGGCGAGACGGGAGGCGGGCGUGGGUCGGUUGCUCCUGGCGGGCAAAGGCUGCCUUUCCUAAUGAAGCGGGCAACUGCCACUCGAGAUUCAAUAUCCGAAAAAGGUGAGGGCGGCGGGGCCAGGGUGGUAGCCCGUGCGACCCUCGAUGCCGGGUUCUUGCGCCGUACGAUCGGCUGCCAGCGGUCGGUGGGAAUGACGACGGUGGCUCCCUCGGUGGGGGAGACGGGCGAUGCCAAGCACAGCAAGGGGGAAGACGGUCAGUCGCCAACCAGUUCUCCUUUCGCUCGGCUGGAUAUAGCUGGACACGUCGUUAGCGCCAGACCGGGGCGACCGCGGCUCAGACUCCAAGUGCUAGAGUGCCAGAACUUGAGGGGUGCGGACAUGCUCGGCAAGAGCGAUCCCUGUGUUCUGGUGUUUUGGAACGGGGUGGAGGUUGGCCGCACGCCGAUCGCUCGCGACGAUCUACAUCCCGUGUUUUCGGCCGCCAUGAGUACGUUCCAACUCCCCCUCCUACCCCCGCCGACAUCAAACCUCCAAUCUGGAGACGGGAGGAGUGGGCGAUCCAGCGUCCAGAGGUCAGCCAAUUGGCGAGCGUAUACCCCGGAGCUGCGCCUGGAGGUGUGGGACAUGGAUCGAGACACAUUCAGGAGGAAGUGGAAGAAGGGGCAGCUCUUGGGGAGCGUGGACCUGCGUGGCCCUUACGGCAUCGCUCCGCUCAUCGAGGCGUCAACAGCAGUGCAGGCUCCGGGCGUGGGGACCACCGCUAACGUGGACAACAAGAUUCCCGGGGUGUUUAUUCGGCUUCGCGCUCCUGAUGGCCAGGGCUCCAAGCACGGGGCGGCCGGAGGCGAGGCUGGGCAGGUCUCCGCCGGGGUGAUGUCCAUCCGAACCUCGAUCGAGGACCACACCGAUGACUCAGAAGCGUGGAUAUCGCAAGCGCCCAAAGCCUCGACGGGUUCUAUCGUCACAUUUCGUGAGGCCAGUACAACGAAAGUCGGAGCUGUGGCUACAAAUGCCUUGGAGUUGGAGCGCAGUCGGCCGGCACAGUCGUCACUCAGUUCCCGGGGUACCACUCUUACGGCUGAGGCAGGUCGCAAGACCAGUCUAGGAAUUCACUGUCUCGAUGCACGAGGGUUGCCCGCGGGAUGCGAUGGGUACUGCCGGGUGUUUUGGAACGGUAGGCAGGUUGGAAGCACUCUCUCAGCGUCCUGCUUUGCUCAUGGAACGCGCCACACCGCCGGAUUAGGCCACGCGGCGGCUGCGUCGGUGUAUCAACGGAAUCCGGUUUGGUGGACUUCUUCGGAUAAGAUACUCUCUGAUGAUGAUCGCGGCUGCCGAAAGCCUAGCCUUGAUAAGUGCAGCGGUGCUAACGCCGUUGUUCCUCUGAACGAAAACCCCACGGUAGCAGACGAGUUGGUGCUGGAGGUUUUCGACGGAAGCGUGCGCAAAGAGGGGAAAAAGAGCACCGCCGGCAUGCUUGCGAAAUGCCGCGCCUCGUUGGGGGAGUCCGUCGCAGGAAAAGAUGCCGCCGAUCUAAAGGCUGACGAGAUCGGGGUGGGUUUGAACAGCGCUACAAUAGCUUCCCGUGACGUAUUCGGACGCUCCCUCGGAAUCGUAACCAUUCACGGGGAGCAUCUCACGAACCCCCCACACGGCCGCAUCGACCUGCCUCUUCUGUUACCUCCCUCUUGCAAGGGCGUCAACGCGUCCAGGAUUACCCUCAGCAUAUCGUUGAAACAGAUUGUUGAUGGCGAAAGACUCGCUGAUGUUGCCGUUCCUCGGCACAUGAGGGCCGCUGAGCAGCGCAAGAGCAACGACAAUGUUCCAACAACCAUGAGAUCGUCUGCCACCACCAACACGAUGUUGGUAGCGAAACGCGAGGGUGGGGAAUGGGAGGCUCUGAAAGAGCAAAUGACUUCGCAGCGCCCCACGCGCUGGCUGAGGCUCUUGCUCCAGGGGGCCCAGCUCCGCAGAGGGCUUGACGUGUCUGGCACGAGCGACCCCUUUUGCACUGUCUACGUGGACCGCGUAUGGUUCGCUGAGACGCGUGUCUGCUGGGGCACUCUCGCACCCAGAUGGGACCAACAGAUCGAGAUCGAGGUGUUCGGGAGGGGAGGGGCGCCUGCGCAGGGGCUAGGCUUAGUCGGCCACGAGAUACGGGUGGAGGUGUGGGACAAGGACGUCGUCGGUGCCAACGACUUCAUUGGGGAAGUUCAUUUGUUUCUUCGCGAACGCCACGACGGGUGA